GAUUCGGUCGCUGCGGCGGCAGUGGGUGAGGGAGGUUUCGGUCUCUCUCCUGGAGGGCCUCUUUGCGCGUUCCCUCCGCUCCUCUGCUGUCAUCUCCGUGGCCCCUGAGAGCCUAUCACUCUCCUCCCUGGGGCUGCUGGCCGGACGGCAGCUGACAGAGCGUUGGGCACCUCACCCCGGCUCCCCGCCCCCCCCCCGCCCCGUUGCCCCGCCUGCGCUAGGCUGGGCGGCGGGGUCAGGGGCCGAGCGGAGCGGGAAUCAGGUAAUCUCUCUGGCCUGGGCCUUAGGUUCCACGUUUGAAUUUGUACCCUGGCUCCUUCUUUGCUCUCUGAAAUUUGAGGACCACUGCCCAAGGACCCCGUUAGUUAUCAUUUAGUAUGGAAGAAAAUGAGUUCUUUGGAGAAAAAACAUUCCAGCACUUUUGUGCAGAAUUCAUUAAACAUUCACAGCAGAUAAGUGAUGGUUGGGAAUGGAGAACUUCGAAGGACUGUUCUGAAGGCUACAUGUGCAAAACACAAUUUCAAAUGAAACCUGGGACACUGGUGUCGCAUCCGGGAACAUCUGCCCAUGUCCAGACAUGUCUUCCCGUGGAGGAGGCUUUAGAACUACCCCCGGAUGAUUUUGAAGUGACUGAGACCACAGCGGGAAGCGAAGUGGUUAAAUACGAGUAUCAUGUCUUAUACUCCUGCAGCUACCAAGUGCCUGUGCUUUACUUCAGGGCAAGCUUUUUAGAUGGAAGACCUUUAGCUCUGAAGGACAUAUGGGAAGGAAUCCAUGAGUGUUACAAGUCACAGCUGCUGCAGGAGCCAUGGGACACCAUUACCCAACAGGAGCACCCAGUGCUUGGACAACCCUUCUUUGUACUUCAUCCCUGCAAGACGAAUGAAUUCAUGACUCCUGUGUUAGAGAAUUCUCGAAAAAUCAAUAGGAGUGUCAACUAUAUCACGUCAUGGCUGAGCAUUGUAGGGCCAGUUGUUGGGCUUAAUCUACCUCUGAGUUAUGCCAGAACCGCCUCUCAGGAUGAAUGAAGUGUCACUUGACAAGGUAAAAAGGAAAGUCUGCGCUGAAUGUUUUGCUAUUAUAAAGAUCCUGUUGUCUCUGUUGCACCUGGGGUCCCGACUGGCCCCAUCAAAUAUUAAGUCUUCUUUCAUCUUUAAUAAUUACGGCAGAAUAUGAACUGUUUGUUUAGGUUCCUGACCAACCUGUGCCCAAGCAUUUAGGAAGCAUUGGACUUUGCUAUGAUAACACUCACCCAACUACAGGAGUGGAUGAUUUUAUUUCAGAAUUGUUAUUCUUGAAAUAAGUCUUUACUGUUCAGUUAACCUUCUUUUAUUCUCUUAGCUUUUGUUUUGUUCUUGUUCUUCACUUUCUUCCAUUGAGCCAAGGAACCUAGAAAUUGCAGCCUGAAGAACAACGGAAGUGUACCUGGCCAGCCCUGGCUUUAAUAGGACAGAUACCGUGCAGUAGUUCAACUCACCAAGAUUUUGACAUGGAUUUAUUUUUCCACUGGAAGCAAAUUCUGCAGUAACCGACAGGCUGUGUCCCUCAUCUAGAAGAACUGUUGGUUUGGAGUUGCUUGUUUUGUUUUUCAUUUUAUCUUGCCAGGGGCUGAAACUAAGACAAAAAUAUAAUUGUCUCUUUAGAGAAUCUAGAUUUGUGUCUAUUGAUGUGGGAUAUACUUCAGGGUCACCUGAGAAUCUUUUAUGACUGCAAAUGCUGGGGUCAACCUCCUGGAACAGCCUCUGUGGAGUGAUUAUGACACACCUGCUUUUGGAGAACCUCUGAUCUGGAUGUACUGUUGGUGUGGUAUUUAUUCGUAUUGUUUGGGUCUCCCAAUAGGCCUUUUCUAAUUCUGUGUAUAGCUCCAACAAGCUGGACAUACUUCCUAACACUGGGCAUUGCCCUGCGCCUCCUGGUCGGUAGGAAUAUCCAGGAGAUGUGUGUCUGCAAGGCAGUCUGCUCAGAGCAAGCAGUCGGGAAGAGGGGAUUAUCUGCUGGCCAGUCACAGAAGACUCUGCUUGUGCUUUUAGUCUGUAGGUUCGGGGCUGAUCGAGACACAGGGAGCUGAAGUAGAGAACGGGUUAAUUCAAACUGCUGGAAAAGCUAAAAGUAAUUUUUAAAAUGCUGAGCUGCACAUAUUCAUGCUGGGAUGAGAGCCUGCUUACAUGCUUGCUGGGUAUUUUGGUAUUUACCACUUAACAUUUUUUCAACUUCUUCAGGGAUUUCCACCGCCCCCCCCCCAACUCUCCCUAAUGUAAACACAGAUCUCUCAGCAAGUCAUUUCUCAGACCAUGUCAUUCCUAGGGUAAAAAACAAAACAAAACAACACAA